GUGUUUCAGUCAGCUUCUUCUUCAUCGGUUACUAAAUUAGAGAUGGCGACUUCUCCGGUCUCUCCUCUUACUUCACAACUCAACCAUGAAGCUGUCAAUCCCAAGUCUGUGCUUCCAAAAUCACCGUUCAUGUCGGGUUCUAAGCUCUUCUCCUCGAACAUGCCUUGCUCUACUGUUCCUCGACGCACAAGAAGAUUAAACUGCUUCGCUUCUGCUAAAGACAUGAGCUUUGACCACAUCCCAAAACUAUUUCGAGGAGACAACCUCAAAGAUGGAGUGAUGCAGAACUUCAAGAAUGUACCGCAAGCACAUGAAGCUAUUGACUAUGGAAUUGCAGAGAAGAUAGCUGACUCGCAGGAUAGUUCCUUCGAGAAACGGGGGGAUCAGAAAUCGAUGUCACGGAGACAGUUGAUGACAUGUUUUUGUCUAUCUCCAGCUUUAAUUAACAAUGCUUAUACCUUUGUCUCUGUACAAAACGCAGCCGCUUUAGACAAGAAACCAGGAGUUUGCCGUAACUGUCAAGGCAUUGGUGCUGUUCUUUGUGAUAUGUGUGGUGGUACAGGAAAAUGGAAAGCUUUUAUCGAAAACGUGCCAAAGAUGUAUAUGAGUUUACAGAAUGUCCAAACUGUUACGGUCGAGGCAAACUUGUUUGUCCGGUGUGUUUGGGUACAGGUUUACCAAACAACAAAGGCCUUCUUAGAAGGCCUGGUGCUCGCGAGCUACUCGACAAGAUGUACAAUGGUCGGCUUCUUCCCAAUUCAUGAGCAGAUUGUUACUGCAAAUGUAUUUUUUAAAGACAGAGCCAAUAAACAUGAUUAUAUAAGCGGAAGAAAACUAACACAUUGUGGACGCAUGGAAAGCUAUAGAAGAAUGGGAUUUCAAGAACAUGCUUUACAAUAAUUAUCAGAUUAUAAUGGGGAAAAUUGUAAAAAGAAAACUUCCAACUUUCAAAUUUUGACCAUUAAAAGCACAAACAAUGUAGAUAGUUUUAAUCAUUGUAUUAAGCACAACUCUCAAAAGACAUGUUUUUUUAUAUUGCAACAAGCUCUGUUACAAA